GUUGAAAGAAAAUGAAACAAAAUUAUUGAAAUAGGAAUUAAAAAAAAAAAAAAGGGGGGGGUACCCGAGCACAUUUGACAUGUCCAUAUGUCAUCUUUCGCAUCUUCUUUCCUAGGUUAGUGCCAACAAUAAAAUUUGUAAAAGGAAAAAAAAGGGAAAAAAGGGAGGGGCAGCGCAGGCGGUGCAUCGUGGUCUGAGAGUGAGAUUCCGAGUGGAAAUCAAGAUGGGUGGAAUCAGAUCUCUGCUCCUUGUUUGUAUGAUGUUACUGUUGAUAGCAAACGCCACAGUUGGAGGUCGUAAGAGUGGGAAGUCUUCUUCCUCUUCGGUUUUUUCUUUGUUCAAUCUUAAGGAAAAGAGUAGGUUUUGGAGUGAGGCUGUUAUACGUGGAGAUUUCGAUGAUUUAGAAACCAGCAGUCCUAAAAUGGGCGUUUACAACUACACCAAGGCAGGUAACAUUGCAAAUUACCUAAACCUUAUGGAAGUAGAUUCUAUGUACCUUCCGGUUCCUGUCAAUUUCAUUUUCAUAGGAUUUGAAGGAAAGGGGAACCAUGAGUUCAAGCUUCAUCGGGAAGAACUUGAGCGAUGGUUCACCAAAAUAGAUCACAUCUUUGCACAUACACGAGUUCCACAAAUUGGAGAACUUCUCACCCCUUUUUACAAAAUUAGCAUAGAUAAAAUGCAACAUCACCAUCUUCCCAUCAUCAGUCAUAUAAAUUACAAUUUCUCUGUCCAUGCCAUUCAAAUGGGUGAAAAGGUUACUUCUGUCUUUGAGCGUGCCAUCAAUGUUUUCGCACGUAGAGAUGAUGUAUCUGGUGACAGGGAUGGCACUGAUUCUCUUUGGCAAGUAGAUGUGGACAUGAUGGAUGUUCUUGUCACUAGCCUUGUUGAAUAUCUUCAGCUUGAAGAUGCAUAUAACAUCUUCAUUUUGAAUCCCUCUCGUGAUUUGAAAAGAUCUAAAUAUGGCUACCGGAGAGGUUUAAGCGAGUCAGAAAUUACUUUUCUGAAAGAGGAUAAGAGUCUGCAAAGUAAAAUCCUUCAGUCAGGGAGUGUUCCAGGAAGUGUUCUUGCUCUUGAUAAUAUUAAGAAACCGUUGUAUGGAAAGCAUCCAAUGGCAAAGUUUGCAUGGACAGUUACAGAGGAAACUGACACGGUGGAAUGGCACAAUAUUUGCUUAGAUGCACUGAUGAAUGUUGAGAAGUUGUAUCAAGGAAAGGACACUGCUGAAAUAAUUCAGAACAAAGUUUUACAGUUAUUAAAUGGGAAGAAUGAAGAUAUGAAGCUUCUUCUUGAAAGGAAAUUAAAGUCUGGGGACUUCAAUGAUCACCAUGCAGAAUGUCUAACAGAUACAUGGAUUGGAAAGGACAGGUGGGCUUUUAUUGAUUUGAGUGCUGGACCUUUUUCCUGGGGACCUGCGGUUGGUGGAGAAGGUGUGCGAACAGAAUUAAGUUUGCCAAAUGUGGGAAAGACCAUAGGUGCUGUUGAAGAAAUUUCUGAAGAUGAAGCUGAAGAUCGCUUGCAAGAUGCAAUUCAGGAAAAGUUUGCUGUAUUUGGUGAUAAAGAUCAUCAGGCAAUUGAUAUUCUUCUAGCGGAGAUUGAUAUCUAUGAGCUUUUUGCUUUCAAGCAUUGUAAAGGAAGGAAAGUUAAGCUCUCUCUAUGUGAUGAGCUUGAUGAGAGAAUGCGGGAUUUAAAAGAAGAGCUUCAGUCAUUUGAAGGUGAAGAGUAUGAUGAGAGCCACCGGAGGAAGGCUAUAGAUGCUUUAAAACGGAUGGAGAACUGGAAUUUGUUCAGUGAUACUCAUGAGGAAUUCCAAAACUACACAGUUGCUCGGGAUAUUUUCCUUGCACACCUUGGUGCGACCCUAUGGGGAUCUGUGAGACACAUAAUAUCUCCUUCAGUUGCUGAUGGUGCUUUCCAUUAUUAUGAGAAGUUAUCGUAUCAAUUGUUUUUCAUCACGCAGGAGAAAGUUAGACAUAUUAAACAAUUGCCAGUGGACCUAAAGGUUCUCCAGGAUGGGCUUUCCUCUUUGUCGAUACCUUCACAGAAUGUAAUGUUUAGUCAGCACGUGUUAUCAUUUUCAGAAGAUCCUGCUUUGGCAAUGGCAUUUUCUGUGGCACGACGAGCAGCAGCUGUCCCACUUUUGCUCGUUAAUGGAACAUACAGGAAAACCAUACGUUCCUAUCUUGAUUCUUCAAUUCUCCAAUAUCAGUUGCAGAGGCUGAACAAUCAUGGAUCUCUCAAAGGAUCACAUGCUCAUAGCCGGUCCACUCUGGAAGUUCCAAUCUUUUGGUUUAUUCAUACUGAUCCGUUAUUAGUGGACAAACAUUAUCAGGCCAAGUCACUCUCUGAUAUGGUUAUUAUUGUCCAAUCAGAGUCAUCAUCUUGGGAAAGCCAUCUGCAGUGCAAUGGAAAAUCACUUUUGUGGGAUUUAAGGAGGCCCAUCAAAGCUGCUUUGGCUGCCGUGUCUGAACAUCUGGCUGGUUUGCUACCCCUUCAUUUUGUCUACAGUCAUGCCCAUGAAACUGCAAUCGAGGAUUGGGUAUGGUCUGUGGGAUGCAACCCUUUCUCCAUUACUUCUCAAGGCUGGCAUAUAUCAAAAUUUCAAUCAGAUACGAUUGCUCGGAGCUACAUCAUCACAACUCUUGAGGAGUCAAUAAAGCUGGUCAAUUCAGCUAUUCACCUUCUACUCUGGGAGCGUACAACUGAGAAAACCUUUAAACACUUCCAGUCUCAGGAGCGUGAGUUAGUGAACAAAUAUAAUUAUGUUGUCAGCUUAUGGAGGAGAAUUUCAACUAUUGCUGGAGAAUUGCGUUAUGUAGAUGCCAUGAGACUGCUAUAUACCUUAGAGGAAGCAACCAAAGGGUUUGUUGAUCAAGUGAAUACAACCAUAUAUCUUCUUCACCCAAUUCAUUGCACAAAAGAGAGGAAAGUACAUGUAGAGUUCGAUGUGACAACAAUUCCUGCUAUCUUGAUUGUUUUAGGUGUUCUAUAUUUUGUGCUAAAGCCAGGACGACCAAAACCUAAGAUCAACUGAGCUGAUGCAUGGUUGCAAAGUAGCAGCGUUUAUUGGCUCAAAGCUUUCUCGUAAAUGUCUUAUGAAGGGCCAAAAUUCCCCCCAUGAUCAUAUAUGGGUUUGAGGUACACAUGUUAUCAUUCACCACAACAAAGCUGUAUCAGAGAGAAUGGAAAUGCGAAAUUGUCAAAAUGGUGACAACACCGAAAAAUAUAGUUGCGGUUGCUGCUAUUUUUUUUUUUUUUUUGGGGUACUAUUCUUUUCAUCAACAGUGGGGAAUGAAUAUUGAAGAUAUUUCAUCAUCUUGAGGCAGUGACCAAAAAUCAAGGAUUUUUAACUGGUCUUUGAAACUGUUUAUGAUUUCAUCAUUAAAAAAAAAAAAAAAAAACUAGUGUAUAAUCUAGUGGAAGAAGUGAAAGCAAAGCCAAAAGCAUCCCGGUGCAGUCCCAUGUUGCCUUGUCUAAUAAUCUAUCAAGGCCCUUUUUACUUUUAAUGGGAAACAUUCUGUAUAGCAUAAUGGUACGACCAAAAAAACUUUUAUGACAGAAAUGGUGGUCACCGAUGAAGAACAGAGAAGAAAUUAGAGGAAGCAGAAAAAGAGGUAGUUACGGACGAGAAAACAGAGAACAUUCUAAAGAGAUUAUAUUUCGCUUAUCGGUAUGAAUGAUAUAUUAUCCUCUGCUACCCUUUUUACGCUGAUUAGCCCUUAACAAAUCUUAGGAAAUGCCAGCAGCUCUCGCACCUACUCCCAAACGGCUAAGAGCAAUCUUUAAAACAAGGAUCUUAACAAACAAUAAGCCUUGUAUGCAAAAAAAUGAAAUAAUAGUUCAACUUAUAAAAGAACCAAUUCAGUACUUUAGCACAAGUUCCAAUCAGAUUAGGCACGUAUCA